AUGAGUCAUACUCUGAUCCACCAAAGAAUUCACACUGGAGAGAAGCCAUAUUGCUGUCUGGAAUGUGGCAGGCAGUUUUCGCAAAACAGCACCCUUACAAGACACAAAAUAAUCCACACAGGAGAAAAGCCGUAUUGCUGUUCUGUGUGUGGCAAGCGGUUUAUAGAAAGGAGUAGAUUUCAUAGUCACCAAAUAAUCCACACAGGAGUGAAACCAUAUUGCUGUUCUGAGUGUGGCAAGCGGUUUUUUGAACGGAGCAGACUAAUUAGCCACCAAAAAAUUCACACCAGGGAGAAGUCCUAUUGCUGUAAAGAGUGUGGUAAGCAAUUCUGUGACAGGAGUCGUCUUCAGACUCACAAAAAACUGCACAGAGGAGAGGAGCCAUACAUCUCUUUGGAAUGUGGCAAAUGA